AUGGAGCGGGUGCGGCAGUAUGUGAAGGAUGAGCAAGGUCACGGUCUGCCGACAAGAGAGGGCGAGGACUGCGACCUGAAAGUAAUCUACGAAGUGUUUGGACGGGCGUGUUACAAGCCGUUUGAUAACGUCGCCACGGCGCUAUUCAGUCCCAAGAGCACCGACUGUGUGCUUGAUCUAGGCUGCACAUCGGCACGGCUUCGGCCAUGGUUUCUUGAACAGGGCAUCUCCGGUGCCGAUGUGAGCCGACUGGAAGGACACGGUGCAGAGCCUGGGCCAGGAUGCCCGAGUGACGCACCAGAAAGCCGUACUGCAUGA